GCUCUCUCCAUCAGUCACAUCUCGGCAGUGAGAGCAAUGAGUAUAAAAGCACCAUAGCCAGUUGGAAUUCAUAUCAUUUCUUAAACUUCUCUGCAAGAGUAAACAACAUCUAGAAUAAACUCAAAAUGGAAUACGCCACCAAAACUGAAAUCUAUCAAAAAAUCAAGAAACCUCUGUUGGAACGUCAAAGACGUGCCCGCAUCAACAAGUGUCUGGAUGGCCUUAAACAAUUGAUGAUUGACCUGAAUGGCGAUAGUAAAAUUCUGCGCAUGGACAAGGCAGAGAUGUUGGAGACUACCAUAACAUUUUUGCGUGACUACAACAAAAAGAUGAAGACAUCACAACAAACUCAAAUUCACAUGCCCAUGGAUGCCUUCCGCAAUGGUUAUAUGAAUGCAGUCAAUGAAGUUUCAAGAGUAUUGGCCUCAACGCCCGGCAUGACGGUCGAAAUGGGAAAAUCUGUUAUGAGUCAUUUGGGACGUUCCUAUAAGCGCCUGCAACAACAAUAUGAAAACGGAUAUCAACAACAACAACAACACCACAACACACUAAUAAAUAAAUCCUCCAUGCAACCCCUAACGGUGGAGUGCGGACCCCUAAGUCCUGCUUCUUCUGGUUAUCACAGUGACGACAAUUUGAGUCCAGCCAAUUCACCUGUUGCCGUUGCACCCCAACAGCAACACCAACAACAAUUGUGGAGACCUUGGUGAAGUGUAAACAAACCCUUGCACCCACUGCCAUAGAAGACUUGUGCCUACCUGCCCUCAUUCACUUCUCAAAAACAAACUGUGAUACCAUUAAACUGUGAUAACCAAAAAACAACCAUCCUAGCAUUAA